GCCGCUGGGCUGUACCGUUGGUGAAGGGGCUUGGUGGCUGUGUUUGCCCGGAGACUGUGUUGCUAUGUCUCUUGCUGGACUUGCUCGCUCGGCUGAGCUCUUUGAUGUCCACACUUAAACAGCAGCUUCAGUUUGUGUGUUGCAAGAGCUGGAAGGACGUUUGCUGCGUGGAAUGGCUGAGUGAAACGAGGAACAAGAACAGGGGAAAGAGACAGAACAGUCUUCCGAGGGAAGCGGAGAGGAGACCCAGAUGAACAUUGGGAACCCAGAUACGGGGCGGGGAUUGAUUGCAGAUAGUGUCACUGCCCACUGCGAGCUCCCUGAGGCUACUUGCGGGCCGGAAGAUGUUUGAAUGACAGAAGGCGGCCCUUGCUGACUGGAGGAGAUCUGCAAAAGCCGAUUGAACAAGACACAGAGGAGAGAGAGACCGGAGUCCGAGUCCCUCAGCCAUGAGCACCGCUCUCAUGGUCUCCUGCCUUCCAUACGCCGGCAGCUUCCGAGCAGAUGCCCCUCGGCCACCAGUGCCAGGGGAGGAAGGAGAGAGAUGCCAACCCUCCCGCUCCCAGAGCGGUGGAAAAGCGAGCCUGAAGCCCAAAGCGGUGAGCGCAGCCCCUAGGAGAGAGGAGGCAGAGGCUGAAGGAAGCGCCUGCCCGGAGUCCCCGAUCACCAGGUGGACCCGGUCUUUGCUCUCGCUUCUGGGAGACCAGGAUGGGGCGCAGCUCUUCCGCAGGUUCCUACAGAGGGAGGCAGCGGUGGACACCUUGGAUUUCUGGUUCGCCUGUAAUGGCUUCAGGCAGAUGGACCUCAGAGAACCCAAAACGCUGAGAGUGGCGAAGGCGAUCCACAAGCGAUACGUGGAGCACAGCGCGGUUUCCAGGCACCUGAAACCAGCCACCAGGUCCUACAUCAAAGACUCCAUAAAGAAGCAGCAGAUUGAUUCAGCAAUGUUUGACCAGGCCCAGACCGAGAUCCAGACCUUAAUGGAGGAAAAUUCUUACCAGAUGUUUCUGACAUCAGAUAUCUACCUUCAGUAUAUCAGGUCCGGAGGAGAGAAUGCUCUGUUUGCCUCUAACACCGAGCUGGGGAGUAUACAAGUGGUUUGUGCUUACUUGCCAACGCUGAAUGAAGAGGAGGAAUGGAUUUGCCCGGAUCUUCGAGACAAGAAUUUACCCUCUGGCGUGGGACUAAGUGGUAAAGCUCUCCGGGCCAACUCUUCAGUCAGGUGCACUGAUGUCAGCAGUGGCAAGUGUUACGGAUCCUAUGGAAGAAACGGCCCUGCCAGCCCCUAUCAUAUUCAAACUGGCUGCAUCUUUGCUCCAGCUAGUAGUGCGAAUGACAGUGAAAUCUCCAGUGACGUCAUGACUGAUGACUCAAUGUCAAUGACAGACAGUAGUGUAGAUGGGAUCCCUCCAUAUCGGCAUAAGAAGCAACAACAGAGGGAAAUGCAACGCAGUGUCAAAGCUAAUGGUCAGGUCUCACUACCUCACUUUCCUAGAACUCAUCGCCUUCCAAAGGAGAUGACGCCUGUGGACCCAGCAGCCUUCGCCACUCAGCUCAUCUCUCGACUGGAGAAGCUCAAGCGGGAGCGAGACACCAUGGACAGUUUAGAGGAGAGGCUACAGCAGAUCAAAGAGGAUGAAAGUGAAGAUUGUGAGCUUCCCACAAUAACAACACAGACAGAGAUGGAACCCAUAGGCCCCCAGCAUCAGCUGCAUCCACUGGCCCUCCUGCCCUCUGGAAGCUGUGACGACGACCCCCAGACUAUCUUGGAUGACCACUUGUCACGAGUACUGAAAACCCCAGGCUGCCAAUCGCCGGGUGUGGGCAGAUAUUCUCCUCCCUCCCAGACACCAGACUGUCUCCGAGGGGCAAAGUUUCAAAUGGCCCUGGGGAGCCAGACAGCAGCUCCAGGUGUUUCCAACAAAGGGUGUGUGUCCAAACAGGGUGCCAAGUACGUCCACCAUCAUUACAUUCACCAUCACACUGUUCCCAAGACAAAGGAACAGAUUGAAACUGAGGCUGCUCAUAAAGUUCAGUGUCUCUGUCCAAACAGCACAGACUUUUGUUCCUACACCAAAUUUCGAAGUGUUCACUCCAAGGUUGAAAUGUCGGGACAUCAAGUGGAACAGUUUCCCUUUGGCAGUAGAAACAGUACCAUGGCCAGGAGGAGCGCACAGGUGAUGGACUGCGUCAACCCAAUUCCCAGUGAGGGAUCUCUGCCUCCUUCCAGUCCCCAGCUCCCCUGUGAAGAGACGGACCGGACACAGAAUGUGUGGCAGUGGAUGUUGGAGAGUGAACGACAACCCAACAAACAGAGGUCACACAGUGUCCAAUGUAUGAAAAGAGGAAGUGUCACUGAAUGCCUGAGGGGAAAUGCAAUGGAGCGUACCAAUCGUCAACAUGUUGGCAGUACCCACCAGAGGGGCAUUGUUCAGCCAUCCCACCCCUUCAUUCAGGACCCGGCGAUGCCUCCACUUCCACCACCAAACACACUUGCUCAACUAGAAGAAGCAUGCCGCAGGCUGGAAGAGGAGAAGAAGGUUUCUAAAACUCAGAAACAAAGAUACUCAACGUCAAGUUUACAGCGAGACAGAAAUCAUGGAACUCAAUCACAAGGAAUGAACCACUCUCUGCCCAAUACUGGUUUACUCACUUCUUCUAUGGAAGAGCACAAAACAGCAAAGAAGCAAGCAGUACCUGUGAACCUGGCUCCAUGCAGUGAGUUGGUUGUCACUUAUUAUUUCUGUGAAGAGGACAUUCCAUACCGGAGGAUGAUGAAAGGUCACAGCUUGACCCUGGCUCACUUUAAGGAGCAGCUCAGUAAGAAAGGAAAUUACAGGUAUUAUUUCAAACGAGCCAGCAAUGAGUUUGACUGCGGGGCAGUUUUCGAAGAAAUUCAGAGUGACGAUAGCACACUGCCCAUGUAUGAGGGAAAGAUCUUGGGAAAAGUGGAACGAAUUGAUCAUUAAAAAAGACUAAAAUCAACAGACUUCUGGCAUUUUAAGAGCAUUUAACUUAUGAACAAUUACAGAAGGAUGAAAUAAGCUGUGAGGUACUGGAAUUUGGGCUUGAAGCUGUAGUGAUGUUUGCCUUACAUAGGAUGUAAAAUCAUAAAAAUAUUUAUAUGAAAAUACUGAGCUUCAUUGUAUAAGAAUAACCACUAUUGAUUAUUUACAGACAUCCAGGUAUUUGUGGAUAUCCUGUGGCUUCCUGAGGGACUUUGUAUAUGAACAGAUACUGUGUAUAGUCCAUGCUCAGUGACACAUCCUGCUAUUUAUUGAAAUUGUGUCUCUGUAUUUGAGUUGUGGAAAAGCUAUACUUUUCCACUAGUACUAGCAACUGCUGUUCUUUGUGACAGUUCUUUUCCCUUCUUUUGACGGUACUGACAGUUCUUCCCCUUUCCAAUAACACUAACGAUAAUACAGUCAUCAUUCUCUGGUGUAUUUAAAGUGAAAUUGUGAAACUGGCUGUGAAUUUUCUCUGAAACAAGUGACUGUCUUAAUGUAACACUGCUUUGUUUCUGCACCGGAACUAUCGCGAAGUCUUAAUGGUCUGGCAGAAAAGGCAACCAGUCCUUGUCAAUUUUCCAUUCAGCAUUUACAUUGGAGCCUAGUGCCUUUCAAAUCCAGGAAAAUCCACAGAAAUCUUGCACCUUUCAUCCCCAACACCAUCCCCUCCCUUUCCUGGUCCCACUCUAACACUUUAAAAGCUACUAUAGUGAUGUAGAUGUGGAUUGUAAUAUGAGUAAGUGUGCAGAUAUUGUAGAUUUUGGCCUACCCAAAUGUGUCAUCAGUGGAGGACAAGUCUGGCAGCUGCCUAGUCCCAGCCCUGAUUCAAACUCUGCUCCCAGCAGUGAGCUCCCUCCAAGAGCGACACUGUGGCAUAAACAAUCGACGCCUCACAACUAUAUGACAUGAGGAUUGGAGUUGAUUUUUGUUUUCUGCUCAACUUCAUGGGUUGUAGUUGUAUUGCAUAACAUUGGCAAUAAAAUCAUUUAGAAUCAGCAGCUUAAUAUGUAUGAAAGUAGUGGCAAUAGACCUUCUCACCAAUGCAUUGGUGAAAGCCACCAAUCUCACAUAUGCAAUUUAAACUCUCAAUCUCCAAAGAGAAUUUUGAAAUAGAGAGCUGAAAAUGGGGUGGCAAACUUAUUCAUUUAUCACCUGGAGAGAGAAAGAAAACCCAUAUUGGGAAUGUGAUCCGUUAUCAAAACUGACAUUUACACUCUGCCAUUUGCCUGGAAGCUCAGUCCCACAAAUUCCACUUCCAGACACACAACCAUGUAAUUCUACAACGUUUAAGUUUGUAUAUCAAGAUUCCAGCAAGGAUGGAUGGAUGGAAUGAUUGUUUUUUUUUCUCUCUCUCUACUGCCAGUUUCACCUCAUUGUAGGAUUAAAUUAAUAGUUUUGAAGGGAAAGUUUAAUUUUACAUACUGAAGUUGAAAUUACUGCAUGUGGUGUUUUCUUGUAAAUGGUUAACAUACAUGUCUUUGUUAAGGGGCCAGACUCCAGUAUCAACCCUUCCCAUCCUACGCACUCUAUCAUUCUGACCUUUGCCACACUGCUGGACAUAAUUUGUAUGAUAACUGUGUAAAAAUUGUUAAAGUUUUACACACUACUACUAGUGUUUCUUGUUUAUCCUGUACAGUACCUGUGCCUGCAUGGUAUUAUUAAUACUGUGUCUCACCCUGCUUUGAGGGUCACAUCUCCCUUUGUUAAGAAGGGUUUAUGUACAAAAAUAUUUUGUAUGCGUUUUUUGAGUGUUGCAACCAUGUUUUGUGCCAUUUCUUCCCCUUUCUGUAAAUUAUGCAUUACAAAAGAAUUUGAUUUAAGAGUCCUUGGUACAGGAAUUAUGUAUAUAUUCAGAGAU